UUGGGAUCUUGGACCUGCGGCGGCUUUUGAAACUCGCGAUGGAAGAGGAGGAUACUUAAACCAAGGGAAAGAAGGGUUGCAGAUCCUCACUCAAUCCAUCCAGUCUUUCAAGUCUAUAGACAACGUUCUUUCACUCCUCCUGCAAAGCUUCAAGACUUGAGAGAGUCUGCAAAAGCAUCCUUCUUCCUCCGUCUUUUCCCACCAGCUCAGCAGCCAGCGUCUCAAACACAUCAAAGUCGAGCUUCGUCGUCAUCGUCCGCAAGAUGAGCGUCUCAACUCUCACCUUGGCACUCCUCGCCAGUGCUGUUGCAGCAGUUCCUCACGGCUCCCCAGGGACAUGGAAUAGAAAUGCUGCUGGCUGUGGCGAGAUCAUUCUGCCCAUGGACGACUCCGUCCACGGCGCCGCCUUCAACAUCAGUCUGGGUACGCCUCCCCAAACCGUGACAUUGCUCGCGGAUUGGACCUGGCAAAUCACCUGGGUCGACACGCCCGACUGCUACGGAAACUACUCCGUGGCCAACUGCAUCCCCAAGGGCCAGAACUUCUUCAACGACCAGGCUUCCACCUCGUUCGUCGACGACAAGAGCCAGCAGACGCAAGAAUUCUUGGGCACGGAUUACACGCCCGGCAUGGAGUUCAGAAACGAUUUCGGAGCCGACAAGUUAUGCUUCCACUCGGACGCCAACAACGCGGAUCUCUGCUCCAACAGCGUCGAAAUCUCCGUCUCGAACUUCACCUCUGAGCUGCCCGUCAUCUUCGACGUCGGAGGAGUCUUCGGCUUCGCUCCCGUGGCUCCCGGCUACAACGACACAUUCAUGCCCACCGCAUAUCAGAUGUGGAAGCAAGGCCUGCUCGGCCCCAACAACGGCUGGCACAUGUGCGGCGGCCUCAAAGACCUCAGCACCUGCUACGGCAAGAAAUACCUGACCAUCCUAGGCGGCACCGAUACCACCGUCUACGACACGGGCAAGACGCACCACCACCCGACGUCCUUCUCCAAAUGCCUAAACUCGGGCCCGCACUUGACGCUCUCGCCGCCCCGCUACAACUACUGGUCCACGGAAUGGACCAACUUCUUCAUCGGCCAAGAGAGCUUCUCGUUGCGCGCCAAGGACUCCCUGAGCUACAACGCCACGACCGCGGACCCGGAAUGUGACGGCAUCGACGCCAUCGCCGUCUGGGACCAGGACAAAUUCGGCUACGGCGCCGCGAUGCCGUUCUCGGCCUUCGACACGUUGGUUUCGCUCACCGACGCCCACAUCGCCUACAACAACAACACGCCCGGCCUCUUCGCCGUCAACAGCGGCAACGCCAGCGUCUGGGCCGUGGACUGCAGCAAGGUGUCGACCUUCCCGACUCUCACGUACGAGUUCUCGCAUCUCCAAAACAUCACGGUGGUCCCGGCGAUGUACAUCGAUACCUCGAUGUACCCCGGACAGUGUUUGUUGAAUGCCAGGCCCUGGGAUCGUGCGAUUGAGGGCGCGCAGACGUUCUUUGGGUUGACGAUUCUGAGCCGGACGCAUUUGGAGUUUAACUUUGAGACGAACAUGAUUGGGAUCUCGCCUUUGAACUCGAAUCUCUAUGAAUAGAGGGGUGGGUGAUCGCUUCCGAUAUCAGACUAUUGGUGAGGAGGGAGGGGGAAGAGGGGAGAGUGGGAGCGGGUAUGCAUAGCAUAAUGUUUGGUGUUUUGUCAUUGCGUUUUUGGGGGCGGGCGGCGGGGCAUGUGGGGAAUGGAAUGGAAUGGAACGGAAGGAAAAUCUUAGACUAUAAUUCUUGUGGUAUAAAUUUAUUUGAAAUGGUGGAAGUUGUUGAUC